UUUUGCGGAGGGGCAGUUCCAUUCAUAGGGCUGAAAGGCAGGCAGGCAGGCAAACCGCCGGAGCGGCCGAGCACCCGACAGCGACGUAGUGUGUGAGCGACCCGAUGGUAUCUCACUGACGAGAAGGACCCCCCCCCCCCCCCCCCCAAAAAAAAAAAAAAAAAAAAAAACACCAGGCCAGGUUCCGACCGCGCUGCUGUCACCGCCCGCCGUCUCCACACCGGACGUGCGCCGCCGAGCCAGAGCCGAAGCCUUCCUUCUCGGAAAUGGAUACUGCGUCGUCUUGAUUGAAGCCUGGAGGUGCUCUUCCCCUCGACCUGUCGCGGAAAUACACGGACUUCCUCGUCGCCUGGUUUCCUCUCGGCUGCCGCAGAACCGACCGCCGCCUCCACUCAGCUCAUUCAACCGGGAGCGUCCGCACACCGCCGGCCCCCCUGCCCCGACAUCUGGACACAACCCGCUCCAUCGUCGCCGCUGAUAACGCAACCCCCCCAAAAACGUGCCCGUGUGUUGGCCGCUGCUUUGCCUGUAUGAUGCCGACACAUCUGCGGUUCCGGAGAAGGUCAUUUGGGCUCAUAUUCCUCUUUUCGCUGUCCACCACCGCAUUGUACUUCAUCUACUCCGCCCCCGGAAUCGUGAAUGAGUAUGUGUUCAUGGUCCAAGCCCGAGGGAUCCAGAUCAGAGAAAAUGUGAAAUACAUCGGGUCACAGGUACUGGAGCAGGUGGUGAGAGGGGCAUACAGCGUCAAUGGCACAGAUUAUUCCUACGAUUUCAACUUGAGCGACAGCGAUGGUCCUCCCCCAACAUACCUCCCCGAGGGCUUCACCUACCUCCCGUCAGAGGUUUGUCCUGCCAGGCUUCCCUCCAUGAAGGGCAGGUUGCAGGUGAACAUGAGUGAGGUGUCGCUGGAGGAGGUGGAGAGGUACUUGCUAGAGAAGGAGCCAAGCAUUGCCCCAGGAGGCUACUGGAAGCCCCACGAUUGUUUACCUCGCUGGAAGGUGGCAAUCCUCGUCCCAUUUCGAAACAGACACGAACACUUACCAAUCCUCCUGAGACACCUGGUGCCAGUGCUGCAGAAACAGAGACUCCAGUUCGCCUUUUAUGUCAUAGAGCAGGGGGGCACUGAGCCAUUUAACCGAGCCAUGCUGUUCAACGUGGGCUUCAAGGAGGCUAUGAAAGACCUGGACUGGGACUGUCUCGUCUUCCACGACGUGGACCACCUCAUGGAGAACGACAGGAACUACUACGGCUGCACAGGCAUGCCCCGUCACUUUGCGGUCAAACUCGACAAGUACUCUUACAUGCUUCCAUAUAAUGAGUUCUUCGGUGGUGUCAGUGGCAUGACGUCGAAGCAGCUCAAGAAGAUAAAUGGAUUUCCUAAUGCGUUCUGGGGCUGGGGAGGAGAGGACGAUGACCUCUGGAAUAGGGUGCAGUUUGCCAAUUUCACAGUGAGUAGACCGCGAGGAGAGCAGGGACGCUACAUGUCCAUUCCACACCACCAUCGCGGGGAAGUCCAGUUCUUGGGAAGGUACAGUCUACUACGCCACUCAAAGGAGAGACAGAAAGUGGAUGGUCUUAACAACCUAAACUACUCCCCCUUGUUGUCCAGGAGGCCUCUCUACACCAACAUCACAGUCAGCUUGAGCAGAAAGCUUGCACCCGUAGCCGUCUACUGACGUAGGCACAGCUGGACUGCAGACCACAUGGGAAUCAAAGUCCUCUGGGACAUCAGCCAUAUAUCACCAGUUGCAGUACUGCUUAUGACUUUUUGGUUGACUGAUACUUUGCUUUCUUUCUUUUGUUUGUAUGCAAAAAAAAACAAAAAGAAGACUUAAAUAAGUAUGUUGGAUAAAUCAUAUUAGAAAAAUAAGGAUUAAAUGCUGCGCUACAGUCCAUCACUCCUCUCAUCUGGGCUUAUCUAGUCUUCUCUCUCCACAUGCCUUUUGCACCAUUUUGGCCUUCAGCAUCCAUUCAUUCAUUCAUCCGUUCAUUUUCUGAUUCAGACAGUUAACGUUGAGGUCGGCCCUUCACUCUUGUGCUCGUUUAUUACAAAAGGCCAUGAUACACACGCUCAUUCAAGUGCAUGCGCACGCACACAAACAGUUUGAUUUGCAUGCGCUGACACGGUCCCUGAGGCUUUGAUUUUUACUUUGCUCUUGCACUUCUUAUUUUACACUGCUGCAGUAAACCUGUGAAAACGUUGAAACAUUCGCACACACGCUCACACACACACAAACACACACUCCAGACCUUCUAACCACAUAGCUACUUCAACCGCGUUGAAUCCUGCAGCUGGUUCUGCAGAAGGUAUGCCAAAGCUACAACUGAAGAGAGCAAGAGAAAAUAUAUAAAGAGUGAUUGCUUUCAUUCAUUUAUAAAAAAUAUAUAUUUAGGUAUAUAUAUAUAUAUAUACUAUAUACUAUAUACACUAUAUAUACUAUAUAUAUAUAAAUAUGUGUGUAUAUAUAUAUAUAUAUAUAUAUGUGUGUGCGUGUGUAUAUAUAUAUAUAUAUAUAUAUAUAUAUAUAUAUACUGUUUGUAAAAUAAUUUAUUCUAAGUUCGGAGAACAUUAAUUCCUAAUUAAUCAUCUCUUAAAAACUAUAGUUUGUCUUGUGAAAAUACCAUUUACAGACUGUGAUGUUUGUGUUUGCAUAGUUGCGUUGGAUGUUCUGGCUGCCUGGAAGUGGCUGUAUGUAGGAAAGCAAUGCUCAUCCUGUUAGCAAUAAGCUAUAAUAGCAGACAGCAGACUUCCUCACUAUACAGAUGCAAUAGCACGGGUGCUAGCAUUCCCUCACUGGACUACAGAGAACGAGUGACUGUGUAUGCAAACUUCACAUUCAACACACCUUUGCCUAAGCAAACAUGCCACCCUUUUCAGUACCGUGUGUGUGUGUGUGUGAGUGUGUGAGUGUGUGUGUGAGUGUGUGUGUGUGUGAUUAAAAGUGAGGGAGAGCUAUGCAAAUGGCCUGUGUGUAGUCUGUUGUCAGUGCGAGGUCUUCAAGGUGACCACCCGUCUUCACCACUGAAACUGUGAUCGACUUGACUCCAGACCUCACGUGUGUGCGCGGUGGAAGUCCAGGCCAGGGAAAGAUAAACUGUCGCCUUCUUUCUUUACUUUAGUUCCAACAUCCUCAACGUUUACUCACCUUCAUUUUUACAGAAGAGGACCGGAGGUAGAAAAUACUUGAUUGCUGUCACUGUCACUGGUGUUUACAGAAGCUUUUUUCUUUGUUAUUUUUCAGAUUUUCUUGUGUUUGUAUAUGACGUCAGCCAGCCCUCCUUCAAUGUGGGUGCUGUGAAAUCUCUUCAGUAAUGUAUCUAUGGCUGCCUUUGUCUGGUUCUUUUACUGGCACUUCUUUAUCGUGACUUGGAAAUGGGGAGUAAAAAAAGCAGAGCUCAACGCUUCUCUGAGACAUCAGGUGAUAAACCACUGAUUAUCCCUGGUAGCUUGUAGGCAUGUUUUGUGAAUCAGACUCACGGUAGUGGCGGCCUCAGCAGAGUUUUUGUCGCAUGGCAUGAAACCUAACUGUGCACAGACUGACAGUGCUAUGGCAGUUUGCAGCCGUUGCUAACGUUUUCCUCCCUGAUUUCUGUGUUUGACAGUGUUGAUUUCAAGUAAAAUAUCCCAAUACUGUACACGUAGAUCCUCGAAAGAAAAAAAAGAAAAAAACAACACACGUACAUAUACACACAUACAGACACUCUUUCCUCACUGGCUGUCUUAGUCAUGCAGCUACUUCAUUUCACACAAAUCGCCUUGUAUGGAUUUCUUAAGAUGUAUCAAUUUGGGGAAAAUGUGGGUGUUUGACAAACUGUUGUGUUCCCACAGUGAAAAAAAAACUAAAAAAGAAGCAAAGAGGCUGGACCUCUUUUUAUUUAUUUGAUCUUUUAUGGAUUAUUUUCUGGAAUUGUACGGUUUUAAUUUUUUUCUUGCGAUUGAUGUGAUGAUUUAGUAGGUGACAUACUGUAUGACAGUGUUAGAUGCACUGAAACCUGUAGUAAUGUGUAUAUGUGGGAUCGUGAGGUUCGGGUCUGUGUAAACUGGGAACUGUUGCGUUUCAUUCAGACGCACGGGUUUCCCUCUCUUCAGAUAUGAUGGAGGGGGGGUGGGGGCUGGUUUUCGGUGAAACGGAACGGUGUGUAUUAAUCUGCUGAACAGACGUGUUGGAGGAGGCCAUUUUGUGUGACAACCACAGGAAGAGAAAGACGCCUAAUCAGAAAAUGCUAGUGGUCACUGUCUUUCACUGGGCGCCGCCUUUUAUUCUAAUUGAUAAUCAAUGGUGCUGACCUUCCAGAGCUUUUGUUGAAGCGGAGUCCCUCUCUACGUGCUUACUGGAACCAACCUUGACAUAAAGACUAGUAUCUACAGGCAGAGCAGCCUUGCCGCUUUUACGGCUUUUGCAUUUGAUUCUAAUCUACUCUGAAGUGGCGUAGAUGUUCUGUGUCUUAACAUCAAAACAUGCGUUAAUCCUGAUGCCUUCUCAUCAAGCCAGGUGAAGCUAAUAUGUGUAUUUGUUGCCACAUGCAGAGGCACGCGUUUACCUCCUUGCCAGUCACCCGGGAGGCGCCCAGUGGAAUUCAAGGACAGUGGCAGUGUGUGUGUUUAGUUUUCUUUUCCAUGUGUGUUUGAGUGAAAUGGCUAAACCUGUCCUCCAUCUGGAGUUUGAGUUUGUUUUUUAUUUUGCUUUUUGUUUUUCCAGCACUGAUAAGAAAAUGAUCUAUGGCCUGGUUCUCACAGAACUUGCAGGUUUAUUUUCUAGUUCUCGACACAAACAUGAUUACAUUGUAUAUUACCUUUUUGUUUUCAUUGCUUUAAAUUAAAAGCUCGAUGGACGUAUAGCGGAAAAGCCAAAUGGUUUUAGUUUGAGUAUUCAGGUGAAGAUUCAGGCGCAGAGGGACCUCUCGAUAUCAGGAGGCCGUCUGGAUGACAUACAGUAGAUAUUCUUGUAGAGUCAGGAUUGAGCUCUAUACUCCAUAAUGUAGAAUGAGCAGCUUAAUCACACCAUGUCCUAAAAAUAGGAGGGUUUUCUCCGACUGCUGGACAGCUUUGCCCACUAGAUGGCGUAUUAACAGGAGCAAAUCAGCCUCAUGCUUUUUAUUAAACACAGGAAAUAUUGUUAGCAUCCUGGCUAGUCUUGUUCCUGUUACAUAUACCAUGUAUGUGAUCUCAGUCCAGAACAAGACCAGGCCUGCUGCUGUCAACCCAUUCUUCAUUGUACCAUAAUCUCACCUGCUCUGAUCCAUUCUGUGCCAGUUUAAAUGAAGGGACCAUUUUUGUGGGGGCAUCUGACAAGACUGGCAGCCUUAAAGCUUCUUAAUUUAUUGCAGUGUUGUUUAUUUUUCACUCAAGUUGUGUUUUUUUUUAUAAGCAAAAAUAUUUAAAUUGAAAAAAGUGCAUAUCAUCAUAUUGAUCAUUGUAAAUAUUGUUGUGUGUACUGUUUUAGAAAUUCUAUAAGGUCUUAAAUCACUACAGAUGCUAGCGUUAAGAACAAGUUUUGGAGGGGUUUGGCCCGGGGGGCAAAUUAUCUGGUGCCAUUUUUAAGUGCUAGUGAAGCUUACACAGCGACAUCAAUGUUUUUACAUCACCGCUUCCCAGCACAAAAGCCUUUUUUUCCCCUUCUUUUUUUUUAAAUAAAAAAUAUACUUAUCCCAUGAAUCUUAGAUUCCUCUAACUAUUUCAGACGUGUUCCGCAUUCCUGAGGCCUCCCCGCACUUAGUAUGCUGCAGCGGUAGGAGAGACGUAUCAUAGCAGGACGUUGGCAUCAAUCUUCAGAUGAAAUCCAGUGUCCUUGUUUCUGCAUGUGAAGUCUCUUGGAUAGUGACGGCAGUCGGGGUGAGGUGACGGUCAAAGGAAAGCACUGCAGGAUAGCGAUGUGUCAGCCAAAAACACCAUAUGCUUACAAUGCAAUGAAACAGAGGCACCCAAACCAGCGACAUGAUCUACUCCAAAAUCGACAUAGAUUUUUUUUAUUGUAUGAAAGCUAACUACUUAAAAAGAAAACAGAAUGCAGAUUGGUAAAUUAAAAAAUCUAUACUCUCUGAUUGUAAGGAGAGAAACUCUCCUUGAAUUGAAGCCAUUUGAAGCUACUUGUCAAAACUUGAUGUCAGCCUUACGUGGAUCUGUUUGUGUAUUGGCAUAUUAUCUUUUGAUUAUUGAAAUUUGUAUGAUGGAGAUUUUCUUUUAUACCAUCAUUGUUAUUGUCAAAGUACACCAAUAAAACUUGUAAACAUA